GGGAGGUGACGGAGACGCAGCAUGCCGUGUGCGAGGUCAGCACGGAGGAGCUAGUGGCCAAGGCCGAGGCCACGGUUACCCGCGUCCUCAAGGGGCUCUGCAACUCCAAAGAAAUAGAGGAACGUUUUCGGAACCUAGAGGCACAGAUGGAGAAGACGUUGGAAGCACAUCUGGAAGCGCAGGUGGGGCGCGGUCUGCGCGAGCUGAAGGCGCUGCUGCUGGGUGUGGAGGAGCGGCUGCAGGAGCAGGACGCGGCGGGGCGGCGCGCCGUGCGGCGGCUGGCGGCGGCGGCCCUACGCUGCGACGCGCGCUCCCGUACCCGCGGCCCGGGCCCAGGCGGCGACGCCAAG